UGGUGGAGGGAGGGGACCGUGCUGAAGGCUGGGUUAGCGAGCUGAGCAACAAGGGAGGCUUUUGGAGAGAAACGAGAGAGGGGGACGGGUCCGGGAUACCACUUCCCGCAAGAUAGCCUAACAUCUUUAGUUUGCUAUUAUUUGUUUUGUGAUUGUUCGAUGCAAUGUCGACCAGUCGUCAUUUUAGUGAGAGCCGGGCCAUCCCGACCAGGACGGUGCUGAUCAACGACACAACGCAGCUACCUCAUGAUUAUUGCACCACCCCUGGAGGCACUUUAUUUUCCACCACUCCGGGAGGAACCCGGAUCAUCUAUGAUCGGAAGUUUCUGUUGGAUAGACGUAACUCCCCUAUAGCCCAGACCCCACCAGCGCACCUGCCCAUCAUCCCUGGAGUAACCAGCCAAAAUGUCCUGAAUGAAAAUAAGAAGAAUGAAGCUAAUAACUUUAACAACCGUGACACCAAACCAGGAACAGGUGAGGAUGCUCAGUUUGAGAUGGACAUCUAAGCAAAGGAGAAACUAGAUGAAGAAAUAAGAAGAACUAACCUGGCACAUGUGUGCCAGUGGCUUGGCUUGUAGAAACCAAUGUCAUAAGCCCUCUCAGCCAUCUCCUUUUGCUCUCUCUCUUUAGCUGCUGGGUUCUUUAUCACCCAUGGGGAUUACAGUUGACUUCAGUCAGGUUGCCGCAGCCCAGGAAAACUAAUGUAGAUGUUGCCUUCAUCUGGUUAGAUUUCAGGGGCUCUGCAGAAAACCUGUUUCAUGGCCACAAACUAAAGGAAUAGGUGACAAGGUGACAGAAGUGCCCAGAAGUAACAUAUUCAAGAGGGGGGGGGGGAAUCUGAAACAGAAUCAGUUUUACUAUCAGGAUGCAUUUUAUUGCUAGAUAACUCUUUGGCUACUCACAUUGUCUGUCUAAUCCAUGAAGAAUGAAUGAGUUGAGUGGACAUUUAUGGUACACGAUAUGGAUUGCCACAUGAACAAAUUCGGAUUGCAUCCAAAAAAAACAAACAAACAAAAAAACCUGAAAACCAUACCCUAAAGUAUCUACAAGCUAUUUGUUGGAGUCUGUUAGGUGUAUUUGGUGAAUUUGGGAGAUCAGCAUUAAUCAGCUGUUCCUGGUCUAUGAACAACAGCAAAUUCAUUUGUCAUUCCAAGCCUAUUAUGCCCAUUACUUGCUGGUGUGAGUUUGACAUCAAUUUCUAGGAAUAUUCAGUUAUUCAUAUUUGAUUUAAGAUGUUGCUCAAUGAAUCAUCUCUAUCUCAGCAUAAACAUACUGUAAUUCUACGGGCAUUUUUCUCCUUUCAUGCGUGUGAUAUGUACAUGUAACUCCAGACAAUUCCACUGCGCACCAUUCAUGCCCUGUUAAGUUCCAUGCUGAAAUAUAUGUAGAACAAAGACACUCUGUCAGCCUUUGUAUCUAGUCAAAUAGAAGUCUUAUUUUUUACAGAUUGUUUCAUAAAUUACGGUGAAUGUGACCGAAGUCCCACUAGAUGUAUGAUUUGCCUCUAUUUUUAUGAGAUAAAUUUAAAUUAUUGUUAUUAUUGUUAUACUUUAAUACCAUUCUCACACAUAAUAUACUAUCCUAAGUGUCACGGUAAAGUGACCUUUAAAUUCAUAUCUAUUCAAUCUGAACUGAAGGCACUUCAUGAGUGUUGAAUUCAGUAGUUGUGUUCCAGUGAGGCACACACUAUAGUUAGGAGGCACAAAGAACUGGCCUUAAAAUGCACUUGAAGUAAAUAUGACAUUUACAGACUUUACCACACUUAUCUGACAAAAGUCUGUCAGUAUUCAAAGCCCAUUUAAAUUAGAAUGUCUACUUUAAUUCAAACUUUGAAUACUGGGUCAGAGGUAGGCAAGCACUGAAAUGUUGUCAGGUCAUCUGUAGAGAUUAAUAUAAUACUGAAAAACCACCAAUCAAUUGGCAGUUGAAGAUCAUGAGAUUACAACAACAACACACAAUAAAAGCUGAAUGACCUGACACUCAUUAAAUUAAAAUGAUAAAACAUUUUUUGUGAAAAACUUGAAUUUUAUCCAACUCUUCUAUAUGCAUUUUCACCUUUAUUACGUCCCAUCACCUUUUCAGUGUGAAAAUCUAUGAAAUUAGUUCAAAUUGAGUUCCGUUAUUUAAAUACGGUCAACGGCCAACAGUCAUCUUCAAAAAAACAAACAAAAAAACCUGCAUCACCUUCUGUGCUUCAUUUCAUUUGUUUCAAUGUUUUCUCAAUGUUUUCUCUUCUUGCACUUGUGCUAAGUAUCUGUGUCCAUGCCUUACUUUACUAAGCUUAGAGGCUGUGAAUUUCAUCUGUUGACUUAUGGCUCCUUUGAAUUCCUUUCCAGAAUUGUUUGUCUCACCAGGAUCUUGUCUUCCUCCUUUGAGGCAAAGAUCAAGCCACUGUCGUGUCUGUUAUCUGAGAAAUUAUAUUUUUGGAGAACUUUUCUGUGGCCGAAUGUUUUUUUUUUCCUGGUUAUACUAUGAGAGGUGUAAUGGGCAGUUGUUUGUUUGGUGAAUUAUUGAAGCUGCUUGUAGCUCUUGUGUUAAGAUUUCUAUAAAGGAUUUCAUUUAUGAGCCAUUUGACAUUUUGGUCAAAAAUUGACAAGCCAAACAAUAUUCAGAUUGUUUGUUAUUAAUCAUCGUUAGCCCCUGAAGAAAAAAACAGCCAGCCAUGCCGGUGAUAUUUCAAUCUCAAUACUAUAAAUGGGACACCAUUACAAAGCAAAUAAGGGAAUACUUUUCUCUCUUAGUUUGGUAAUUGAAUGAUCACAUCAUGUCUUUUUGUUUUAAAUUCCACUGCUCUCAGUGAAUACACUCUAAAUCAUUCGCUGCCUUCUGUUUUUUUUUUGGUCAGAAAUAUCAUUGAUGGAUUUUUGAACCAUACUAGGGCACCGUAAAGUCCAAAAGAUUUUGUAUGUUGCAUAUGAGAUUGAAAAAAAAAGAUAUUUGUUUUUGUUCAAAUCCCUGAAUUAUCUUUUAUUUUUCAAUGAAAUGCCAAUGCCAUUGGACACUGUAACAGCAAGAUCAAUAAAGUUCCUUCAUAAAAACUA